AAGAAAGUUGUAAUAAUACUAAUACAAAUAAACAAACUAAAACUAGUUAUAAACUUGAUAACAUUUAUUUAAAAGAAACAAAUAAGAAUAAUAUAAAAACAUUUUUUAAAGAUUUGGAUAAUAAAAGUAAAAAUGAUAAAAUUGAAAAUAAAAAUGCUAUACAACAA